AAUGGAUAACACUGCUACGUGGCAGUGUUUAGAGGACUUCUCAUCGUGACCAGACCCAACAAAAAAAAAAAAAACAGUUGCUUUCCCAAGAUGACGUCAAAAAUCUAGACCAAGAUCCACAUAGUCACAGGCCAACCACGCGUCCUCAUUUCACACCCACCAAUCACAUAAAGGAAUUUCAAGAAUAAAUCCAUUCCCUUUCCACGCUUCGGCGCGUGUUCUUCUCUCUUGUUCCAUUCCCUUUCCGUGGCCCUUUCUCCUUUAGCCGUGUGUCUCACGGUCCCUUUUUUAGAGUACGAUUGUGUUUCACCUCAUUUGUUUGAAACCGAUUUAGUUGUUCUCUGCUAAUAGAAUAAAACCACGUGUUAUAUUUCUCGAACCUUUCCAAAGACACUUUCCACUACGCUACGUCCGAGGUCGGAACACGUGUACAACCCCUUUCGGCAAUGCUGGACACCUUCUCGAUUCUGAUUGGUCAACCUGUGGGACCAUACUCUGAGCUCAAUUACGCCGGAUUCCACCCUCUCUAUUAUCAUCUGAUUUUUCUUUUUUUUUUAAAAGACAAUAAUGCCAACGAAUCGGGUCAAGUCGCUGUUCCCGGGUUAAAGCCUAAGCCACGUGUCCUUCUCUAACUUCCCACUCACUAUGAUUAUUGUCGAAACGCUCCAUCUUAGAGAAAAAGACUCUGAGUGAAAGAGAGAGCUAGAGAGAGAAAAAAAAAAAACAGAUAUGGAAACUAAAGCUUUCUAGGUAUAUUGCCCUAGGUUGGGUGGUGGUUGCGCACGAUAGGAUGAACGGUGGCCCAGAAAGCUGGGGCAUGAUGAUAAGAUGCGCUGGGACUGCGCACGAUAAGUCAGUGAUAAACCCGGUAAUGCUUAGAUUCCGGCCGAUUGCACCGAAACCCUCGGGUUCGGGAUCCGACGUCGUUUCUGGCACUGGCUUGGGAUCUGAUAACAAGAGCUCCCUUUAUUCUAAGGGGAUGAUGAGAAAGAAGAGAAAGUACGUUAGGGUUCGUAGGAAUAGUGGUUAUACGAGAAAGAAAAAGUCUUCGAUAUCUCGGGAAAAUACCGGGAACCCUAAGUUUGAUGUUGUUGAUGAUGAUCGUACGGUGACGCUGCAACUGUUGCCAGAGAAAAGUGAUCUGAACCGUUCGGUAGUGAACGGGUUAGAUCUCAUUAGUAACAGCAGUAGUAGUAAUAGCGGGGACACUAAUCAUCGGGACCUACGCACGUGGCUAGACUGGAAAAAACCAGAGAGCCAUGGUCAGUCUAAGGUGACAGAUCGGAGGGGUUCGUUUGUGGUUCACACUUGGGUGACGGUUGAGAGCGUGACAGCCACAUGCACGGUCGACGAUCGUGAACGCGAUCACGAUAAUAAUAACCAUCAAGGGUACGGGAGUACGGACGUGGAGAGAGUGAGAAAUCUAGAGAUUGACACGUGUCCGGGGUUUAUAUCGGACGGUUCCAACAGCGUGUUGUGGGUAAACGGAGCUUUUAGAAGCAUGGUUGUGAGGGAAGGUGAAAAUGACGGGCUGUCACCGGAGAUAAUGGUAGUUUUGGUAAUUAAAGAGAAGUUACCGUCCUUUUAUUCGAGUCUCACUGGACACGUAAAGCUGCAUUACACGAUAUUUGGUGGUGGAAUGGAGAAUGAGAAGUACUCACGAAUAAUAGUUCCCUGUGACUUGUGGAGAAUGGACGGUGGAGGAUUUGCAUGGAGACUAGACGUUGAAGCUGCCCUCACUUUGGGCCGUUGAUCUUGAUCUUUUAACAUCUUCUUGAGUUUUAUCUACAAUGAGAUCAGAAUUCAGGUUUUCUCAAAGAGGAGACUUGAUAAUUAAAUAUCGUGAGGAUUUCGAAGAAUAUUGAUCGAACUUGAAGAUCGGUCUUGUAAGUGUAGAUAUAUAUAUAUAUACUUAUAUAUAUUAAUGAAAAUUAAGUAAGGUAUAUAUAGAGACUAUAUAGCUUGAUCAUGGAAGCAAAAUAACAGCAGAGAAGUGGAUCAGCUAGGGUUGAGCUCAUCAAGUUUGUGCCAGAAAUUGAAGCUUUUUUUAUGGCUACACUGCUUUAAAUUUGUGCAAAAUUCUGUACCAGAUUUAUGUACGUAAACAGCCCUGCUCAUGCACUAAUAUUUAGUCUGGUACGUUACAUAUAUAUACAUAUAAUAUCACAUAUUGAUAUAUAUUGUAGGUGCGUAUUGGAAAAUUUAUACGUACUGUAUUAACUAUAAUUUGUGUUAUACAUGUGUAUGAUGAAGUGUGCAAUGUCUGACUUUUAUUAAAUGUGACAAGUUUUUUUUU